AAAACAUAUCAGAUUUUAUAUACAGAAACAAUGGCUUUCUUUUUUAACAACAAAUGUCAAUACAGCGGUUGUGGUGAAAAGUUCGGUAGUCUGGCUGAAUUGAUUCAGCACGUUGAGCGUGUACAUAUUGUAAUGGAUGACAGUGAAGAAGUCUCUGGAAUUGAAACCAUGGUGCCCAUGAGCAAAAUAUUGCCUAACAAUAUCCAUGACGUGAUGAUGCGUCCUCCGGUUCAUCGCAUCAACAACGGACCACGUCUCCACCCAUCCGUGGCUCCAGUAAACUGCAAUAAUUGUGAGCCUCCAAUUCAGUUGUUGAAUGCAAAUGGAUAUGAUGGUGCUGGUCCAUCAUCACAGUCUGUGUUAGCACCUGCUACUGUUAAUAGUAACGCAAAUACACCAUUUCAGGUACCAAUAUUUUCGGCAAGCAGCAAUAAUUCUCCACCACCGUUUCAGUCGGUCGUUGCACAAGCAAAGCGCGGUUUAAUUCCCAAGAUGCAUUCAAUGAAAAUAGUUGGUAAUCAAGAUGCUGAAUCAUUUGAGAACGAUGACAUUCCAUCAUCAUCAUCGGCGGUAAAGCGAAAAAGUAACAGUUCUAAAAUCUCAUUCUCAAAGAAGAGAAUCUCAUCUAUUAACCGUAAUGUUGAGCCAUCCAUGGCAAAGACAAGUGAUGUUCCAACACAAACAACCUCUGCAUCACCUCCUCCAACAUUUAACGAAAGUACCCAUAUUGCCUUGAGUAAUUUGACUCCGGAUGAAAUUGUCCAAAAUUCGGUUCUAAGGGCAGAUCACUCGCAAUUGAAGCCAUUUCCUUGUCCCAUUCCAGGGUGCAACAAACGAUAUAAACAUUUAAAUGGUAUAAGAUACCAUUCGGAGUUGUAUGAAAGAGAGUUGGAAAAAAAUGCAGAUGAACAUAAAUCGGAUUAAUAACAGUGGCUUGCAACAACAACGGCACCUCGGAGAGACGUCGAAGAAGAAAUGGAACAUGUAUAAGACUAUUUUUGAGUUAACUCAUGUUUGUGUUUAAUAAGGUUU